UGGCAUCACUGGGAUUCCUCUCCCUUUGUAGCCAUGUCUGGCCGCGGCAAAGGCGGGAAGGGCCUGGGCAAGGGCGGCGCCAAGCGCCACCGCAAGGUCCUGCGCGACAACAUCCAGGGCAUCACCAAGCCCGCCAUCCGCCGCCUGGCCCGGCGUGGCGGCGUCAAGCGCAUCUCCGGCCUCAUCUACGAGGAGACCCGCGGGGUGCUGAAGGUGUUCCUGGAGAACGUGAUCCGCGACGCCGUCACCUACACGGAGCACGCCAAGCGCAAGACCGUCACCGCCAUGGACGUGGUCUACGCGCUCAAGCGCCAGGGCCGCACAGGACCUGGAGGGCUGCACAUACAAGCAGGUUUCUCUGUCAUGGCACGCACCAAGCAGACCGCCCGCAAGUCCACCGGCGGCAAGGCCCCGCGCAAGCAGCUGGCCACCAAGGCCGCCCGCAAGAGCGCCCCGGCCACCGGCGGCGUGAAGAAGCCGCACCGCUACCGGCCCGGCACCGUGGCGCUGCGCGAGAUCCGGCGCUACCAGAAGUCCACCGAGCUGCUGAUCCGCAAGCUGCCGUUCCAGCGCCUGGUGCGCGAGAUCGCGCAGGACUUCAAGACCGACCUGCGCUUCCAGAGCUCGGCCGUGAUGGCGCUGCAGGAGGCGAGCGAGGCCUAUCUGGUGGGUCUGUUCGAGGACACCAACCUCUCCCUCUGGUGUGUGACCAUGUCUGGCCGCGGCAAAGGCGGGAAGGGCCUGGGCAAGGGCGGCGCCAAGCGCCACCGCAAGGUCCUGCGCGACAACAUCCAGGGCAUCACCAAGCCCGCCAUCCGCCGCCUGGCCCGGCGUGGCGGCGUCAAGCGCAUCUCCGGCCUCAUCUACGAGGAGACCCGCGGGGUGCUGAAGGUGUUCCUGGAGAACGUGAUCCGCGACGCCGUCACCUACACGGAGCACGCCAAGCGCAAGACCGUCACGGCCAUGGACGUGGUCUACGCGCUCAAGCGCCAGGGGCGCACGCUCUACGGCUUCGGCGGCUGAGCUGCUCGGCUCCCACUUUACUCUCUCUAAAGGCCCUUUUCAGGGCCACCCACUUAAUCUUCUAAAGACCUGCAACAUUGUUUCUGAUAGCCAAUAUUUUCGCUGAGGGGGUCGUUCUUGUCUCUGACAAAGGUAUUUAGGGUUCUCGAAUUUUGCAAGACUUAUACAUGUGUUUAAUGACUUUUUAAACCGCAUCCAACUGUUCAUAGAAGCACCAGUAUUCUCAUCUUUCUUGAAAAUGGAAACCCAAACUGUACGACAAAGCCCAACCACGGUUUAUGAAGUGAACCACUACUAGGUAAGGCCUAAAAUGCCAUAACUACUUGGAUAAAACUGAAAUGCAAAAUGUUACCUCCAUUUAGCACUAGAGAGAAGUCUUAGUGGCCGAGAGCACUAACUGCUCUUGAGCACGAGUUCACCUCCUGGCACCCUCCGAUUCCAGGACAUCUGCUGC